UCCUAGUGGCUUGAGAUUCAAACUGAUGCAGCACGUUUUUACGGGGGCUACCCAGAUUGCUGUUAUGAAAUACAAGUCAGAUUUAUGAUCUUUUUCCUAUUGAACAUGAUAUGCUAUGCUAACGCUGCAUGUGACAGUUUAAUCAAAUCCAUUUGUUACCACGAAGCUAAAAGGGGCCGCUGGGAUUUUAGGAUUACGGGCAGAGUUAAGGAAGCAUGUGGCUUUGUCAUUCGCCAUCAUUUUGCACACUGCCACACUGCGAGGGGUUCUGCGUGCGCCGAGGCUCGUCUGGCUGCCCUUAUCCCUUCCCCCACCCCCUGCCGCCACUCCGACCUGCUCCCAAAGUGGCUUCACAAUAGUCGGUCCUCCGUGGCCGUGGCGCAGGCUGCAACCAGGUCCACACUUGAGCCAAAUCAAGGAGACCCCCCUCCGCUUUUACCUGUGGGCUUGGUGCUCAAUGCGAAGCUGCUGCAGCUCAGGCACGCCUAAGUCAACUCAUGCAGAAAAAGGAGAAAAGUUUUGGUAUACAAAUGCUCUCAGUCCAGCCAGACACCAAGCCGAAAGGUUGUGCUGGCUGCAACCGAAAGAUCAAGGACCGGUAUCUUCUAAAGGCACUGGACAAAUACUGGCAUGAAGACUGCCUGAAGUGCGCCUGCUGCGACUGUCGCUUGGGAGAGGUGGGCUCCACCCUGUACACUAAAGCUAAUCUUAUCCUUUGUCGCAGAGACUAUCUGAGGCUCUUCGGUGUCACGGGAAACUGCGCUGCCUGUAGUAAGCUCAUUCCUGCCUUUGAGAUGGUGAUGCGCGCCAAGGACAAUGUUUACCACCUGGACUGCUUUGCAUGUCAGCUUUGUAAUCAGAGAUUUUGUGUGGGAGACAAAUUUUUCCUAAAGAACAACAUGAUCCUUUGCCAGACGGACUACGAGGAAGGUUUAAUGAAAGAAGGUUAUGCACCCCAGGUUCGCUGAUCUAUCAUCACCCCAUUAAGAAUACAAAGCACUACAUUCUUUUAUCUUUUUUGCUCCACGUGUACAUAAGAAUUGACACAGCAACCUACUGAAUAGCGUAGAUAUAGGAAAGCAGGAUGGUUCUAUGGAAUAAAAGGCGGACUGCAUCUGUAUGUAGUGAAAUGGCCCCAGUUCAGAGUUGAAUGUUUAUUAUUAAAGAAAACAGUAAUGUACAUAUUGCUGGAUUUUUUUGCUUGCUAUUUUGUUUUUUGUGUCACUUGGCAUGAGAUGUUUAUUUUGGACUAUUGUAUAUAAUGUAUUGUAAUAUUUGAAGCACAAAUGUAAUACAGUUUUAUUGUGUUACCAUUUGUGUUCUGUUUGCUUUGUAUUGUUGCAUUUAGUACAAUCAGUGUUGAAACUUACUGUAUAUUUAUGCUUUCUGUAUCUACCAGCUAUUUUAAAUGAGCUGUAACUUUCUAGUAAAGAAUUGAAGAGCAAAUCUCACUAAUGAUACACAUAUAGAUAAAGCAAGUCUAUCAACGUUAAAAAUACUAAAAAAUAAAAUCACACACAAAGCAUUUUAGCAACAUCCAUUAUUAUUGCCAUUAUGAUUUAGAGUAUCAGUGUUCUCAUUAUAACCCCCUAUUUUCAGGGGGUUAAAGAUCAGCUUUAAAAAAUACAUACAAAUUUCACCUUAAAGCACUUUCAUUUUAUAACAACAUGAAAAGUGCCAUUUUUAGAAUAACUUUAAAGCUUAACAGUUAUCAUUUUAAUGUCCUUUUUGUGCUUUCUGCCAAUACAAUGACUUUGUUUAUUUCUAGUCAUUCACCUCUUAUGUGACCUAGUGCCUUUGGGGAUCAUGUAAAAUUUUUCCAAAGGGUUACUUUAAAAAGUAUUAUUUACACUGAUCAUGAGACAAUUUUUAAAUGAUACAUUUAAUUUCUUACACAAAUUUUGUCUGGAUCUCUCCACAACAAUCAAAAGUUUGAUAACUUUAUGGCUUGAUAAAUUUCUGGCAUUAAAACAAAUUUGAGUAUGACUCUACUGAAACCAUGAUAAUGCACAUUGACACUCUGAUGUUAUCUGAGUAGUGAAGUCACUUUUGAUCAGAGUGACAUAAUGCUCAUAGAAUCUUCUAGAAGAAGAGAAACAAAGGGAUUGAUAAAAGCUGAGAACUGGUGAUUAUUUAUUUUUCAGUAUUUACCUGCCACUUAUUUUAAUGUUCAGAAGUGAACACUUUGAGUCUGACGUGUCUUACUCUCUCAUUGCUUCCUUUAAGUAAUUACCCACUCAGAAUAUAUCACACUUAAGCUGAAAUCUGUCACUCCAUUUUUUAAAAAAUGAAACAUUAUUUCCUUACCUACAUGAUAGCUGAUAAAGAAAUCUUUCUAGAAACAGAAAUUAUGGAGACUGAUUAUUUAAAUUGCUAUUAAGGAAAUUAAAUGAGACUAUUAUCCCCCUCUUCUGGGUUGCUCAUACUUUGCUUUUGUUCCCUAAACAGAACUACUUUUUCAACAAAUCCAAUUCUAUACAGGCACAAUGAAGCUAUUUUUACUGAAGCAAUUUUAGUGCUGUGGGUUUUUUUAUUUUUCCUUGAUCACUUGUACAGGAAACAGUACUUCCCAGUGUUAUUUACAUACAUAUUUCAUCCUGCCAAUAAAUGCAUUGCAGAUGAAAAUUAAAUGUGAUACCUGAAUUCUUGGUUUGGGGCCAAAAUAUUAAGCUGAAAAUAAUGCUGGUGUGAAUUUAGUUUGUUUUUAAAACAAAGCUUUAUUUAUGAACAUGCAUGUGGAUUUGGGUUUUUCCUCUCAUUCUUUAGGAAACAGUUCCGUGAAAAGUGAAUAAUAUGUCUUUUCACAAUGCUUCAUGGUUAAGGGUGUUCAAAUCAUGAGCCCGCCAAAUUUGAGAUCUACUGAAAAAAUGAUUUCAAAAAAAGCUAUGUAGGUCCCACAAAAUAAUUUCUUUUACCUUGUAGAGUAUUAAUGUUUGUUUCCUAGAAAGACUUGCGUAGCCAAAAACCAAACCAAGCAAAACAGAACUAAUGGGAGUGGGGCAAGGGUGGGGAGAAUGGUUUUCAUAUGUGGCCCUGCUAAACCUAAGUAAGAGCUGUUUGAAAUUCAUAUGGAUGUAAAAUUUUGUCAGUAUCUUUUUCAAAUGAUCUUUUUUUAGAUUUAAAUGAUUUUGCAUAUGUUUAUCAGUAUGUCCAAAUACUUGUAAAAUUGGGAACAAACUCCUCUCAGCUUCUUGAAGCUGUUCCACUAUCCUUGUCACCCAAAGAGCAAUUAAGGUUUUCACUGCCUUACCUUUUGCUUAAUCCUUUGGGAAUUAAUCCUUAUGCUUUUUCCUAGGGGCAAAAUUACUCACCUGGAUUAAAGAUUAAGGCCUUAAUCUCUUUAGAUUAUCUUUAAUCUCCAUGAAAUUGUGAAACAAGACAGAAAUAGGCCAUUUUAUAUCUAUUUGACCAUAAACAGUAACAUUUUUGACCUGAAGUACUGAUUGUCUUGACUACUCAAAAAGUCCUGAAUUGGUGUUGAUUCCCCUUUGUGUUGUGUAGCCCUGAUGUCACUUAGCUUGCUAUCUGAUGCCUCCUGUGGGACACCUCCAGUGGGGCUUUGAUUCAUCAAGAAGCAAACAUCCCUGUCCUAAAUGCAUCUCCUGUAGACUGCCUACGACAAGGACCAGGCACCUCCGCUCCACCAGAGUGCUGGCUGAGUUCAAAAGCUGACCUGUGUUUGUAAUUUCACUUUCAUCUUGCUUAAUAAAUAUCUGCUGGAUUCUUUCAUUCACUUUUUAUAUUGGAUUUGUUUUUAAUAAAAGGGGUAUUACA